AUGGUGCGGUUCAGCUUUCUGGUUCUGCCCACGGGGGCGCUGCUGCUCGCUACCCCCACCCAAUUCGCCGCUGCACAAUCUCCUCUGGAUAUUCUCACCAGCACUUUGACGGAUAUCGGAAGAGCCAUUUCUCUUCCCUUCUACGCAGUCUUGCCGGGCUGGCCCUUCGACAGGGAGACACCCGGAGACAGGGCCGCGGCGCCCCCCACACGCCCCUCCCCCGGACAACAGAGCCGCAGGGAAAAGAGAACACCAGCAGCAGCAGCAGAGACUGCAGCAAAGGAGCCGCAAGAGGCUUCAGAGGAGCAGCAACAAGCAGCAGAAGAGCAGCAGCAGCGACGAACUGUAGUUGAAGGAGCAGCAGCUCAAGCAGCAGCAGAUGCAGCGCAGCAGCGUUAUGUAGAAGCGCCCGAAAGAGAGAGGGAGAGAGAGCAACAGCAGCAGCAAAAAGAGAAGGAACAGCAGCAGCAGCAAAGAGAGAAGGAACAGCAGCAGCAGCAAAGAGAGAAGGAACAGCAGCAGCAGCAAAGAGAGAAGGAACAGCAGCAGCAGCAAAGAGAGAAGGAACAGCAGCAGCAGCAAAGAGAGAAGGAACAGCAGCAGCAGCAAAGAGAGAAGGAACAGCAGCAGCAGCAAAGAGAGAAGGAACAGCAGCAGCAGCAAAGAGAGAAGGAGCAGAAGCAGCAGCAGAAAGAGAAGGAACAGAAGCAGCAGCAGAAAGAGAAGGAACAGCAGCAGCAGCAGAAAGAGAAGGAACAGCAGCAGCAGCAGAAAGAGAAGGAACAGCAGCAGCAGCAGAAACAGAGGGAGAGGGAGGAGCAGCAGCAGCAAAGAGAGAGGGAGAGGGAAGAUCAGCAGCAAGAAAGAGAGAGGGAGAGGGAAGAUCAGCAGCAAGAAAGAGAGAGGGAAGAGCAGCAGCAGCAGGAGAGAGAAGAGCAACAGCAGCGAAGAGAACGUGAGAGAGAAGAGCAGCAGCAACAAAGAGCAGACAGCCAACGUACGGCAGAAGCAGCAGCAGCAGCAAAAAAAGCAAAAGAGGAGAGAGAGAGGAAUUCCGAAGAAGCAGGAGCAGCAGAAGCUGCUGCUGCAGCAGCAAGCACAAAUGCCUUCCUAGAAGCAACGCGAAGCUCCGCCGCCUCCCCAGAAGCCGAACGUGCUGCUGCUGCUGCUGCAGAGCCCACAGAGCGAAAAGCAGCAGCAGCAGCAGCAGAAGCAGCAGCGGCGGGAACGGAAAAGACCGUAAAUGUGGCAGAGGAAGCAGAGCAGCAGGCCGAGCCUGCGCAGUCACCGGAGCAGCAGCAGCAGCAGCAGCGGGAAGAGAAGUAG